UCUUCAUAUGAAUCUCCGUGGCUUGGUCGGUGGGCACACACGCGUGCACCUAGACGAUUGUUGUCUGCUGCCAGAAAUAGGAGAAAGCGAAACAUAACGAGGAUAUGAAUCAGUUACUAAGUUUGCGUGUCCUCGUGUAACGGGAGGCUCCGUGGCUCGUGUACUCGGUCUAAGGUUCGUCAGUGUUAGCGGUGGCGGACUGGCUCCUCGCCGCUGUGGCGGAGGGAGUGAGGGGUAGCCUGUGCUCCAGUCAUGACCUCUGGCAAUGGGAAUACAAACAGCAGCCAGCACAAUGGAGAGAGCAAACCAGCCCAGGCCCUAGUCAAGUCCCACAUCCUCACCCAUCUGAUAGAAGGCUUUGUGAUCCAGGAGGGGGCUGAACCUUUCCCUGUGGAACGUCCAUCUUUCUCAAUUGAGAGCCUAAGAAGACACACUUCAGACUCUAAGAUGAACAGCCUCUCACCGAAGGAGUUAAAAGCCCAGCAGGAGCCAAUGCUGACCUGUGAGCUGUGUGGUAGGGUCGAUUUCGCCUACGUCUUCAAAAGGUCCAAGAGGUUCUGUUCUACAGUGUGUGCCAAACGCUACAAUGUUGGAUGCACAAAGAGAAUGGGUCUCUUCCCAAACCGUAAAACCACCCUGGAGAAACAAAGAGCACUGAAUGGAAACUACAAAAACUGCAGUUUAGAAUCUAAGAAGAAGAAGCCUGCUGCUGCUGCUGCUGCUCCUCCUCCUCCUCCUCCUCCUCCUCUGUCCACUGGUCACUCGCUCCAGCCUGCACAGGGAGAGUCCAGCCAAUGUUCAGACUUGUCUGGCUACAAAAGACCCCCAUCCCCCCAGUUGGCCACCCAGCCCCACAGCUUUCUGCCCAGUGACCCCGGCCAGUGGAACAUAGAGGAUGUCUACGAGUUCAUCUCCUCUCUGCCAGGUUGUCUGGAGAUUGCUGAGGAGUUCCGUUCUCAGGAGAUCGAUGGACAGGCCCUGCUGCUGCUGAAGGAAGACCAUCUCAUGGGAACCAUGAACAUCAAACUGGGCCCUGCGCUCAAGAUCUUUGCCCAGAUCAGCACACUUAAAGACACGUAGCCCAUCUGACCCUUCACACACACACACACACACACACACACACACACACACACACACACACACUGCUGUCAAAGGAAGCUUUGCUGUGAUAGACAAACAUGAUGUGCUCAGGAUCCCACAAGGUGUCUUAACUGUGUGUUGAGUUCAGGUACUGGGCCAGAAUUGUUUGCUGGACGUUUUGUCAUGGCCUGUUGAACACGAGGACAUCAGCUGGGACUGUUCCAAUCACCUUUUACACUGGUAACAUGACUCUGGCACUACUUCAGGAAACCUCAGCCCAUAGUUUGACAAGAAUGGUUGUUAGGUAGGCUGUGUUGGGAAAAGUGUUUUUUCUUUUGAGAACAUGUUGUUUUCAUAAUGUAUUACUGUUCUUUGGGUUCCCGCAGGGGAGGUUGAAGGUUAGCAGUUGAUUUGUUCUAGUAUUUCUCACAGGAGUAUGACUCAAGGUUUCAGAUGUGUGCCCAACAUUCUGGAAAACUAAACUAAAUAGCCACUUGAUUACAAGAUCAGUGUCCUGUGCAUCUUGUGCAGAGCUACAGUCAGUUUAUACUACCUACAUAUCAAGGCCCUGCACUGCAGUCUCUUUGACCUCUGGACAUAUCAGUCACUUGUGCUCCUAAAAUUCAUAAGAGGGAGAAUUUUGAAAAAAUCAAAAUCAGUGGAGGAUAGCAAUAAAGGUAAAAAAAAAAUAAUGACAUCAGAUAUGCAGCAAAAGGCUGCAGGCUGGAAUCAAACCCACAGCCACUGCGGCAACGAUUUUGCCUUUGUAUAUCGGAUGCCUGCUCUACCCACUAAGCUACCUGGUGCCCUGCUGCACUAUCUCUUCCAGCCACCAGUGGCAGCGCUGAGGUCACAGCUUCCCAGUUGUGGAAGGCUGAAUCCAAAUGUCCACCCUCUGGACUUGCAGACUUAGCCCUCACGAAAGUCAGUUGUACAUACUGUGAUAUGUUCACUGUCAACAUGUAAAGACUGCAAACAGCUGAUAGACAGGCCUCAAGUCUGUUUCACUAAUUGCCGUGGAAACGUUUGAGCAACAACUACAGUCAUGUACAUGGUGAUCGCUGCUGUCAUAUUCUGUUUAUUCAUCUUUACCUGCAGAUAACAAGAUAUAGGCUAAAUCCCAUGUAGGCUACAGGCUUUUUUUGGGACUGAACUUAAUGAUAUUUAUACAUUCCUAUGUAACAAUUCAGGCUCCAUUCAUUCAAAUGCAGACAUGUUUGUAAACCAGGACCAGACUGUGACUAAAUAACUUUGGUAGUACUUAGAUUGUAGGGGUGUAAAUCACCAGUUUCAUCACGAUACAAUAUUAUAUCGAUUCUUUGGACAACAAUACAAUAUUGUCUGAUAUUACAAAGUCUACCAUAAUAUGAUUUCCAUUAAAUACGAUUCAGGGGUCUGUGAUCGAUCUGAGGCGAUGCCCAUUAAAUGCCCAUUUAACAGUCUGUUGUAGAUGCUGCCACCCCUUUCCUUUUUUACUUUUGGCCAUAAAACACAUGAACAACACAUAAAUACUAAGUACAGUAAAGUCACUCUAAACUGACUCCACCAACACAAAACAGCAAAUGGGACUAGUUAACCUUCAUCUUUUCCAUAAGACUUCAGGAAUAUCUGGCUUAAAGCUCUGAGGGCAAACUUCCAUAAAACACAGAUUAACAACAAGAUCAUCCUACAAAACUAUAACAUUCAGUUCAGUAAUAACUGUCAAGGUUCACGGACAAAACAAUUGUUUUUUGCUAAUUACCCAUUAUUAGCUUUAGCAUGUUUACAUUGCAUAAAUCAGCCUAGCGGCUAACAGACAUUUUUCCUAUUCUCAUAGCUUAACAAAAUAAAUGCAGCGUUAUAAUUUUUUUAAUCACUGGUGAUUAAAGUCUCUGCAACUCCUGACAGACAGCAUGGUUGAAUUUCAGCCUGCAUGCACGGUUUUUCAGCCGAGAAUUGUUGAAACAGAACAGCUAAUGUUGCUGUAGUGAGAAGUUAGCGGAGUGAGACGCUCGUCCAGGCAGGUAACGCUACGUUAUCUCGUAACAUCAUGUUUAGAUACGCCAUUUGCUUUGUCUGUUGUCCUGUAUUUUCUCCAAAAUCCCAAAUAUUUCCACUCUGUUGAUUUAUUCCCGAGUAAAUAAUGUUAUCCUCAUUGUCUUUCUCUUGGCUGCUUGCCAUCUGCCUGUCGCUGUUUGACAGUGACACAGGCUUUCAAAAUAAAAGUCUAUGCUAAAGAUGACGAGAUGGAUCGAUGUUUUCACUUUGCAUCGAUGAUAGUGCAUUGUUGAUCACUAAAUCGAUAUAUCGAUCCAGAUCGAUGGAUCAUUAUACCCUUAUUAGAUUGAAGACCUUUUAUUGUUUCUCUGCCAGUUUUCUUUGUCUAUAUAAUUGGCAUGACACUGCACAGCUUUUAGCCUGUCAAGUAGGCUGCAACAAUAAAAUGCUUUGUGAUUAGGCUACCUUUAUACCUAUACCUAUAUAUCCUUCAUUUCUGUAUCAUGAUGUGGUUGAAAAUUAUUUCUGGCCCACAGGAACCAGAUAGUGUUUAAAUACAAUAACUGCUUUACACUUUUACAGUACCUUGGGCGAUAAGUGAAAAAAACCCCUGCAGUGUCUUGUCCAUAUUGCAAUGAAUCAUGGGUAAUUAAAUCAGUUAAGUCUGCACCCCAAGCUGACUCACUGGAGGUCUGCAGAAAGUCCCCUUGAGGCACCUUGUGGACUGAAUGAGUUUUGGUUUUGGUUUGAAGUCUGGACAUUUGGAUUCAGCCAAAGAGAAACCCUGUGCCAUCUUCAAUUGUACAUGGUUGUUAUGACUUCAAUGAUGGACAUUUUCCUUGAUGAUGUCAUCAGCAGAUGGAGUUUACUCAGUUUUUUUGUGAUGUGUGUGCGUGCGUGCGUGCGUGCAUAAAUUUGAUCAGCCGCUCAGUGACUGAUGAUGACGAUGCAGGACUGUGAUGCAGUAGUUUGACAGUCCUUGCCGAGGGCUAAGAUACUGAAAGUCCACAGUGUGUGUUUAGACUGGAAGCAGCAGGAAACUGCCAGCCUAACUGUAGCAGCAGCUGUGACAAAAAACAUCCAACAACUCCAAAGCUGUAACGACUGACACAGAGUGGUGCAGGAAUGAGUCCUUUUAAUACCAGUAAUGAGUUAGGAUGUUUGCACUCCCUGUUCCCUCAUCUUGACGUCAGUGGGUUUUUUGAAAGGAUUCUUGGUCAUAUGCCUGUGAAAUAAGGUCUGUGGUUGAAGGAUAACUUUGGCAUUUUUCAACUUGAACCCUAUUUCCCCAUGUAAAUUGGUCAAAGGGACUAAAGUGAACAACAGUUUUUGAAAUUGGUCCAGCAGUGAGGAAGUGGGCAGCAGCCGCGCAACAGGUGGUAAUAGAAACACAUGGGCAACUGAACACUGUUACUGUAUGUCCAUUAAAAGUGAUUAUUUUCACUAUAGAGCGGCUCAGAUCUUUAUGAAAAUGCCAAAGUUAACCUUUAACACAAGCUUAAUAGACUCUCACAUUUUGUUCUCCACCACAAAAUACAUCAGGAAAUACCCCACUCUGAAUUUUGACGCAUUUAUUUCUCUUAAAAAAGAUGGUUGCUAACAAGUGGCUAAAUGAGACUACAGAGCAUUAUCACACCAAACAAGGCUUGGCAGCCUUGUUGUGGUUGCGAUGUUAAAUCAUGUGACCGUAAUGUUGAUAGUUUACAGCCUAACAUUGGAUUUUUACUAAACAGCCAUUACAUUUAGGCUUCAAAAAUCAUAAAGUGGUGUUCAUCUGUGAAGAUUAUCUUGCUAAACUAAAUAUGUAAUUAUCAUAAACUUUAGUUUGCCACAGAGCGUAUUUUCUGCAAAACUCAAAACCCAGUGGAAUAAUCCACUUUUUUGUUGAGGCAACUAGGGCGAUGCUAACUUCUAGACUGGCCCACAAAUAAACCUCCCUGCACCGCUCCAUUGUGAUUUAUUUUAUAUUGACCAGCAGCUAUUAACAAGGUCCAGUACUGUGAGUAAAGAAAAUAGUUUAGAAGUAAAUGGAAGAUAGACUUUUUGCAGUCCAUUUUCAUCUCUGCUCCCAGUCUUUGUGCCAAGCAGACUAAAGAUGUCCUGGGCCUGUCUCUGCUGGACACACAGAGAUGAAGCCCAGGAGAAAGGUAAAAAACAGAAAGACGUGACUCUGUUACCACAGCACACAAGCUUAUUUCCCUAAAUAUCAGACUUGUCAGAAAAGGCUGUGAUUGAAUGUCCAGUUUCUUAAUUGUGAUAAUGGAAGAAUCACUGGCCUGAGAACAGACACUGAUGAUUUUAGGUUUUGGAAGUGAUAGCACUGAAUACAAACACACUGACUUAAUAAACUUCAUGUUUCCAGGUCAAGGCUAAUUUAUACUCAGAUGUCACAGUGUCUCUGUACAGGAGCUGGACAUAACAGUGAACACAUAUCAACAAACAAGCUUUUUUUUCAUGUAGCAAAGCCAUUUUAAUGCAGACAUUCUGUUCACACUCACUGGUAUGACUCUGGGUCAGAAACAGUGAAGGAGAUUGAAUGCAAACAUGAAUUUUCUCAUGUUCCACAAAACUGCCAUUUAGUGUUGCAGCAGUGAUAUUACAGUGAUCAAGUCAAGUCUAUGCACACAGGAAAUGAUUGCCAUUAGUGCCUAUGGGACAUACUGACAGAGAAGUAUGAUUCAGGCUUGAAACAUUGUGUGAAAGGCUGUGGAUAUUUUAUAUGUCAUUUCAUUAUACUUUUACCAAAGUCAAGUGAGUGUCACUGCUGAAUUGCUGUCACUACAAAUGUGUGUGUGUGUGUGUGUGUGUGUGUGUGUUGAGGUACAGUAAAUGGUAAUGGACCUGCACUUGUAUAGCGCCUUUUUAGUCAUUAGACCAAUCAAAACGCUUUUUAUAUUACGAAUCACAUUCACCAUGGCCUAGGCUACCAUACAAGGUGCCACCUGCUUGUCUUUUUCUUUUUUUUUAAACACAGCCAUCGGGAGUAAUUUGGGCUUCAGUAUCUUGUUCAAGGAUGCUUGGACAUGCAGACUAGAAGAGACGGAAAUCGAACCACUGAUCUUCCAAUUGGAGAAGGACCCGCUCUACAUUGAGCCACAGCUGCUGAUGUCCUGGUUCAUUACUGCAGAUGGUGUUAAAUAUUUUAUCAGUUGUAUCCCAAAAUAGGCUGACAUCUCCAGACCAAACUUAAUAUAAAAAAAUACAAAUAGAAAUUAGUCUGGAACCUCUCAGUUCAUUUUCAAUUUCCAAGGGCCAUUAUCAACAUGUGACUAAGCACUGAGCAACCAGUGACCAUGUCCGCCCGGUGUAGAUGGCCAAUCACACUCCAGUUGUACCAGCUAAUCACAGCACAUCAGGGCAGAACUAAGCAGGUGGGAAAAAAAUAAUGCCUGAGCGUCAGAAAAAUUUAAACAGUCCCUGCAGCGUACAGAGAUGAGCUGGUAUCACAAGGUGUUUCUCAAAGUCAAGGAUCCUUCCUUGGGAGGAAGGAUCCUGCAGAGGCAAGGCAAGAGUCCUCCCAAGCAUUCAGUGAACACACACUGGAACAGACUAACAAGUGUCCCCAUGUGAUAAUCAUUAACCCUCAGCAGACUGAGGUUUCAGUUACUGUGAUCAUUUUGGCACUCUGUAAUGUUAUUGUACAAUUUUAAACAUCAGUAUUGUCAGAACCAUGACACUUUUAGGGAGAAUAUAUUUCUGGAUCAUAUUUAAGAGUAAGUGGAGAAAUGCAGUAAAGGCAACAGCUAAAAAGUUCUAAAUUAUCAUUAACAGUAUGAACACAGACUCACACAGAAUCACUGUCAUUUCAAAGUGAUCCAUAUUUCUGUUUGUCACCACACACUCUGCUGCAAUAAUAUGAACAGAUGUGAUCUGAUGAGCUGCGCUGUUCUGAAACAGCUAACCGCACCGAUUGUACAUUGACACUUAACGCUCCAUCUCUGCUGUGAAUGAUUCAUUUAAAACUUUUAUGUUUUAUCUAAAUCAUGUUAUUUCAAAAAAUCUCAUUAUUUGGCAGUGGACACAAUAGAAAGUGUAAAUUAUGAGGUUUCUGUCUAUUUUUUUCACGCUUGGAUGAUAAAAACUGGUGGAUAUAUCAAUCCAAAUAAAUAACAUUAAUCUAAAUCCUGCCGAGCUCCACUGACGCAGGUUUCAUUGAAGAAACCCCGCCCUCACUUCUAGCAAAUCGUGUACUGUGCAAAGCAUUGUGGGGAUUUUAUACCUGCGGAGGAUCCACACAUGCAUCCUUCGAAUUUCUCUGAAAGAAGGACUCAGUCCUUCUUGAAACUCGGAAGGAUCCUUGAGCGUCCUUCAAAUUCGGCCAUUUGAGGAUCCUUCCUUGACAUUGAGAAACACCUAGUGAGCUGAGGUUGUGGUUGCCCUGAGAGACGGUGACAACUAAUUAAAGACUGAUGAGUUUCACCUGAUCCAAGUUGUGUCUGCUUCCGGUGACUCUGUAGGCUGAAGAUUCUCAGCUGCAGGUGAUUGAGGGAGGUGAACUGAGAAGAGAGAGCCCAGGUGUGUAUCUGGGUAGCGGAGCUUCAGGUACGUUGGGGCAGCAUUCCCGGCGAAGCAACUGUUUGCACUCGCGGAAGGUGGGUGGGGGCCGUUCAUAGCCAUUUAGGACUGCCAGCGGUGAAGACGGGUAGAGUAGGCAAUAGACAUUCCUGUGAUAGGGCUGCUGACAUACAGGGACUGGGGAAUUAGGAGUGCCUUACCACUGCCCAGCUCUGAGUAGGAGCGUCUGUCAUGCCGUCAGCUGCUCCACCGUUCCAGUGCUUGACCGACGAUUCCGUCUGCGGGCUCUUGCUGCUUACGAGCCGGGUCAGACCAGUGUCACAAGCCUCGACCCUGGGGGAGGGUCUUGGCCAACUGGCCAGUUAAGUGAACUGUACAUUUUAAAUGUUAAAAUUAGUGUUAUACGUUUAGUUCGGUCCCUUGUUGUCCUGGUCAGUUUCUUCUGUUGUUGAAUGUAGCUUUUAGGAAUUUUAAUCAAACCACCACAGCAGGGGAUUCGUGGGAAAGGGGGAGGAGCUGGGAGGAGGUUAGCUGGUCGGCAAAGAGUAACAAGUCCCGCCCAGUCUAAUCACAUGGCCCCAUGCAGUGUGAAACUCAGUGUGUCUACCUAAUGUGAAAUGGUGUGAUUUACUGCAUGGGGUUUAGAGUGCUUACCUGCUGUGUUUUCCCAUGUGAGGGUUCACUUGUUGAGAACCAUGUUUGCCUCCUUUAAUAUAAAGUGAUUUGGUGUGCUGUGGUGCUGAGGGCGGCUGGUUAGCUGGUGGGGUGGAUUUGUUGGAGGGGGGUUGUGUUAAGGUUUGGCCAGUUCUGGACCCUUUGCAUGAAGAAACUGCUGUGGCUUAAUGAAUUGAUCAAUAAAAUAAAGUGCUCAUAUUUCCUCA